ACUAGCCACGUGAUGCCAAUGCGAUGACUGAAACUUGGACCUGGAAAAACAAACAUUUGAAGGGAUUCAGUCCUUUCAAUCAUUAGCUGCCAGCAAUGACAAACGAUGGUGCGCUUGACAAACAUCAUUUCAUUAAACCAGCAAUGCAACUACAGUUGUAGAGUUGCCAGCCACAAACACAUCCACCACCACGAUGAGCCGCAAUGCUCAAGUGUCUCAAUUUUCCUUUUCUCCUUCCUCUGCAUCCGCUGCUGCCGCAGGAACACUUACACAAGGGGAUGAAGGCUCUCCACACUGCCAGGAGUUUAUUUGGAUGGAUGAGGACAAAGUGCAGCCCAGGGCGGCAGAGCCCCUCAAGCCUUUCAUCGGUGAAAACAGUGGUGAAGUGGACCGUAACAACAGUGUGACAGUGUACAGUGUGACCCAGACCCCGCCCUGGUACUUGUUAGUCUUCCUGGCCUUUCAGCAUUACCUGACAGCGUUUGGCAGCAACAUCGCCAUCCCGCUUAUCUUGGCGGAUAGCCUGUGUUUGCAGCACGACGGCUUGACCCAGAGUCACCUGAUCAACACAAUCUUCUUUGUUUCGGGGCUGUGCACCAUUCUGCAGGUCACCUUUGGCAUUAGGCUUCCCAUCCUGCAGGGGGGCACGUUCGCUUUACUCACCCCAGCAUUGGCCAUGUUGUCCAUACCCGAAUUCCAGUGUCCCUCUUGGACCAAAAAUGCCACCCUGGUGAACGUGUCCUCGCCUGUUUUCAUCGAAGUGUGGCGGACCCGACUGACAACACUGCAAGGCUCCAUCAUGGUGGCCUCCCUCCUGCAGAUCGUAGUAGGGUUCUCUGGCCUCGUCGGCUUCCUGAUGCGCUUUGUCGGCCCUCUCACCAUCGCGCCCACCAUCUCGCUCAUUGGUCUGUCCAUGUUCGACGCGGCUGGAGUCAGGGCUGGCAGCCACUGGGGAAUCUCAGCCAUGACCGCGGUCUUGAUCAUCCUGUUCUCCCAGUACUUGCGACUCAUCGAGCUGCCCAUUCCCGCAUACAGCAAGGCCAAGAAGCUGCACACCAAAAAGUUCUACAUUUUCCAGAUGAUGCCCAUUCUGCUGGGCAUUGCGGUCUCCUGGUUAGUGUGCCACCUGCUCACCAUCUACGACGUGCUGCCGUCUGAUCCGAACCAAUACGGACACCAGGCCCGGACUGAUGUGAAGGGGGACGUGGUUACUCAGGCUUCCUGGUCCAAGGGACAGCCGAGCUAUGGCUCACAGACCUCUGACCCCAGUUGGAGAACCCCUAAUCCAGAACCGCCUUUUUCCACAGGCCAGUGGGGCACCCCGGCAGUGAACCUGGCGGGCAUUAUUGGCAUGAUGGCGGGAAUCGUGUGCUCCAUGGCAGAGUCGGUGGGCGACUAUCAUGCGUGCGCCAAGCUCUCAGGGGCGCCGCCUCCGCCCAAGCACGCCAUCAACCGGGGAAUCGGCGUGGAAGGAAUUGGCAGCUUGUUGGCGGGGGCCUUUGGCACCGGGAAUGGCACCACCUCGUUCAGCGAGAACGUGGCUGCCCUGGGCAUCACCAAGGUGGGAAGUCGAAUGGUAAUUCUGCUCAGCGGAGUCGUGAUGAUCGUAAUGGGGGUCGUGGGUAAAAUCGGAGCCAUUUUCUCCACCAUCCCCAACCCCGUGAUUGGAGGGAUGUUCCUGAUCAUGUUUGGGGUCAUCGCUGCGACGGGAAUCUCUAACCUACAGUCAACAGAUAUGAAUUCCUCCAGGAACAUCUUUGUGUUCGGUUUCUCCUUGUUUUCUGGGCUCGUCAUUCCCAACUGGAUCACCAAGAAUCCAAAUGUCUUGGUCACGGGCCAAAGUGAAGUGGAUGCAGUGUUGCAGAUCCUUUUUACCACUCCGAUGUUUGUCGGAGGCUUCCUGGGGUUCUUCCUGGACAACACCAUCCCUGGUACCAAAAGCGAGCGUGGACUCUUCGUCACAGACGAAACCCACCCGGAGGCCUCUGGUACCUUGGAAACCGACGACAUUUACAACCUCCCCUUUGGCAUCACAAGGUGUCUGUCGUCACUGCCUUGGGUUCACAAAAUUCCGUUCUGCCCGGGGGGAGGGCAAAAGCCUCUCUGCAAGUCAGACAAAGGCAUGCCCUAGAAGGCAGGCCGCAUCCGUUACUUUUUGGACUCUUAUCUUCGGGUUUGCCUAUAAUGUACAUUACAGGUCGAUAUACCGUGACUUGUCAUUGGGAGUGGCAGUCCCCUCAAAGGUUCUGCUUCUGUAACUUGACUUGACCUCUACAGUUUAGCCAUGCCUGCUCCUUUUUGGUCUAGGAAAAGCUAAACCAAAGCUAUGGUUCACUCAAAUGUUCUGCUUUUGUACACUCAAGUGUUUUUUUGGAACAUAUCUUUAAUUUUACGCCUUAUCACUCGCAGAAAAAUGGUUACCGUGCUACGUUCUAUGCUGGUAUCUACAAUGGUUCGACUCCUCCUAACUAUCCUUGAGGUUCAAUAAUGAUGGAUACAAGUCCCACUUUUUUACCUUUGACAUUUGUAUAUGUUGGGGGAUCUUUGUUUUGUUGUUGUUUUUUUUUGUCCUUUUGUGCUAUUGGUGCUACUUUUGCAUAAAUUGUUUCCCAUCUGUCUAUUUUUCUGACAAGAGAAUAUGCGGCCAGCAAUAAUGUUUUUAUCGCUGCAUUCAUUCAGUUUUGAUUAUAUUGCCUGAUAAAGAUUCCAUGAGAGAGAACAGUCUGUGUGAAAUAAAUAAUGUGGACAGAU